CGUCGUAUCAUGCGCCACACAAAGGCUCCGGAAAAUCUGGAAAUCAAGAAAAUGGCAGAGAGCUGGAGGGAAGCAGCAGCAGCAGAUAACGAAGGCGCGAGCGCCAGAUGGAGCUGUUGCACUGGCAGGUCCUCGCGCCUUCGCAGUGGAGACCCUCGCCUUCGCCACUCUCGCCACGCGAGUCGAGAAACCUCGCUUCCCGUCUCCCCCCGAACCCGACCCUCCUCUUCUUCCAUCGCCGAAGGAGAACCAGCCCGACCCUCGUCGCCAGGUGCGGCGGGUGGGACUUCAAUGCCGAGAACCGGGGACCGGGCGGAUUCGGGUACGGCCCUCGAGGCGGUGGCGACGGCGUCGGAGGAUUUGGCAAGUGGGUCAGGAGGAAGGAGAAGGGGAGGAAGAAGGGUUGGUGGCGGUGUUAUGGUUACUCGAAGAGGCGUUGGUGGUCCGACGAUGACGGAGAUGAAGACGAGGACGAGGAGGAAGAGCCUGUUGGGAUUUGGGAGGAGGUGAUUGACACCUUUUGGAUCCUCAAGGUAUUCAGAUCCUAUGGUUGGAUGCUUCCUAUCAUCCUCAUCUCAUUGCUGGUAGCUACGGGUCCAAAAGCUUUUCUCAUUACUCUGGCUCUUUUUUUUGGACAAUCGGCUCUUGCUUUAGUGAUUAAGAAGUUGUGGCCUGGAAAAAAGAACAAAUCAAAAGGUAAAGCCGGGAGAAGGAGAAGGAAAAGAUAUCCUUACCGCACGAACAAUAUCAGAACAAAGGAAGAACGAGAUUGGAGGAGAUGGAACAGGAAGGAUAAGAUAGAAUAUGAAUCUCAGCAGGGUGAGGGAGAUUUUUCGGCCCCCGAGUAUGAGGGAGAUACAAAUAGUUUUGGUGGAUGGGAUGAGCUGGAGGGGAAGCAAUUCACAGGGAAGUCGUACCCGGUUUCAGAGAGACCGCAAAGACCACAGAUGGAUAUUGGCAAGUAUAGUAGAAAAGCGAGCAGAGACGAUGUUCCAUUGCUGAUGAGACUUUUGAUUGCAAUGUUCCCAUUCCUGGGCUCCUGGACUAAAAUGUUCUGGUGAUUUGCUAAAGCGAAAGCUUGAGUUUACGAGCAGUUUUGUUUGGUCUUGCUUGGUUGGGAACUUGGAACAAGUUGCUGCCUGAGAUCGGGGAAGUAUUUGCUUGCUGGUAAAUCAGAAACUUCGAUUGUUGAUGAUUUUUCAUGUUGAGGAUCAUUUGUUUAAGGUGUGACAAAGAAGAAGGAACUGCCAUAUUCAAGAUGCCAAUAUGCAUCUCAUUCAUUAGACUUAGAGCUCCAAAUAGAAGCUAAGUCCCCUUUUCUUUUCUAUUCUUUAGCCUCUAUAUGGCAUCUUCAGAUUCAUUCUCUCCUGGAACUUGUCUUCCAUGCUCUACAUGUUGUCGGCAGUGUCUUUUGGUCACUUGUCUGUUAUAGGUUUGAGGAAUAAUGUGGCGACUGAGCACGCAAAUGAUUUACAGUAUUAACAAAUGCAGAUUGCGGAGAAAACUUUCAAUGUCCUGUUUUGCUUGA